AUGGAAGAGAUUGAGAGGGUUGAGAGGGAGGAUUUGGAAGAAGUUGCAGAGGAGGCUGAGGAUGUAAAAAGAAUUGCUCCAUGGACUAAACAGAUUACAAUUAGGGGAAUUGUUGCUAGCAUAGUAAUUGGGAUUAUUUACAGUGUUAUAGUCAUGAAGCUGAAUCUCACUACUGGUCUAGUCCCUAAUCUCAAUGUCUCUGCUGCUCUUCUUGCAUUUGUGUUCCUUAGAACAUGGACUAAGGUCCUUUCCAAGGCUGGAAUUGCAACCAAUCCGUUUACUCGACAAGAGAACACCAUAGUUCAAACUUGUGCUGUUGCUUGUUAUAGCAUUGCUGUUGGAGGUGGUUUUGGGUCUUAUCUACUGGGUUUGAACAGGAGGACAUAUGAGCAAGCUGGGGUUGAUACAGAGGGGAAUACUGCGAGUACUAAGGAACCUGGGUUUGGUUGGAUGACUGGUUUCCUCUUUGUAAGCUGUUUUGUUGGGCUACUUGCUCUAGUUCCUCUGCGAAAGAUCAUGAUAAUAGAUUACAAAUUGAGUUAUCCAAGUGGAACUGCAACUGCAGUUCUCAUCAAUGGAUUCCACACUCCUAAAGGACACAAGACGGCUAAGUAA